AUGUCAACUUUUUUCAAUUCUAUGUUACCUGCUGAUGAAAGUAUAACUGAACAUGAAUCGCAAAAUAAUAUGGAAAAUAAUGGCUAUGAACAACAUUUAAAUUUAGAAAUCAAUGUAUUACAAAAUAACAUCGACCGAAUAAAAAACAUUGCUCAAAGUAACCCUAACAGUUUGAUGCUCAAAAAUAUAAAACAGUUUAACAAACAAUUGGAAAAAAUAACAUCAUUAUCUGAUUUGGUUGAUUUUAAUUUCAAUAAACUUCGUCGUGCAAAUCGUAUCGGAAACAAGCCAACUUCCAGAUCCAGGCGCAAACGACUAAUAACUUCUGGUGCUAAACGCAUCCAAGCAGGACGACCGUCUUCUAAAGAACAAAACUUCAAGCAAAGGAAAAAACAGAAGGUUCGAAGUCUAGGUAAAAAUUUACUAAACAAUUUGCCACAUGCUAAAUCUCAUUAA